AUGGAAACUCGAGUUACAACAGCUUCAAUCAAUGCAUACAUUUUGAAAACAGGUAGCGAGAAAUGCGUAUCAGUUUCAAGGAACACUUUGAUCGAAAUGCUCGAGACAUAUAACGAUAUUUACUUCGAUUUAGAUGAAGAAUUGUUUGUCAAUGAUCCAAAUCCUGAUAAUCCCCAACCAGUCAUUGACGUUCUACUUCUAGUUAAAUCCCCGUACACUCCACAUAUCGAUUUCUUCAAAGUCGGUGCACGUUAUUUAAGAAUUUUAUCGCGCAAACCAGCCAACUAUCAAUAUUUCGAUGCAUCAUGUCAUAGGCUUAUGAAAUUACUUUUGUCAAUACAUGACAAUGCUCUUAGUAUUGAAGCCUGCCAUAUACUUUUGAGAAUUUUAUCUCAUUUGCCUUAUAUUCGCACAGUUCUUAAGGAUCCUGAGGCAUUUUUCCAAUCUUUAUACCAAUGCUUACAGAGUAAUGAAGAUAAUCUUGCUGUUGCUGCAGCAGCAGCUUUUCAAUCUUUUGCUUAUCACCAACCAGGAAAAACAUACAUUUGCAAUAAAGGCGUUCACGUUAAAGCUCUUUCCCUCAUGCUCGAAAGACCAAUUACUUCUCCUUUAUUCGAAAGACUUCUUGGAUUUUUGAAUAAUAUGUCCAGUGAAGCUGUUGUUGUUCGAAGCAUUAGAGAGAGUGGAACAAUUACCGAUGUUAUAGAAGCACUAACUCUUAAGCCAAUUACAGAUUUAACUGUUGAUGCAGCUGGUGUUGUUCAGAACAUCGCAAGAGAAGAAGAAUCCAGGAAAAAACUUCUUGAAGGUGGUGUAAUUGAUGCUUUGCUCAAUCUUACAGUAUCUGAUAACCUUCAGGCACAAGUCAGAGCUAUUGGCGCGAUCAUCAACAUUCUUGGUCCACAAUGCGAUGAUAUUAACACUCUCAAGCAAGCAUUAUCUCGUAUGAUAGCUUUAUCUGCUCUUGGAAGAGCUUUGUAG